CGUAAGUGUAUGAGUUGGUAUGUGUGCGUGUGUGAGUGAAUUUCAAAACCGAGAUGUUCAACUGUCGCACACUCGAACGGCUUGCACUGAACCCAUCAAAUCGUAUUCGAAUCGCGUUCCAGUGAAGUGUCUUAGUUUUUUUUUUCCUUCUCUCUAUCGUUUUUGUCUUCAGAAGAAUUUUCAUGUAAAAUUCCAUCCAGAAUCGAUAAAUUUGUUAUAAAAUUUGCGUAAUUUCUGAGAUAACUUAAAAAAAAAAGUUGUGUUUGAAUCGAAUCAGUUGAUUAAUUGGUAGAGAGAAAAUUUGUUGCACACACAACACGGAGAGUCAAAGACAAGCAGAUCGCGUGGUAGAACAUAUUUUUUUUUCUCAUCAUUUAGUGGAUCAUUUGGUUGUUUAUAGAAAUUAAAAAUUAGUCGGUGUGCAGAAAUUCCGUAGAAAUGAGUAGCAAACACGAGGAUCCAGCCAAUGAAAUACCAGACAUUUUGUUCGAUAAGAAGGAAAAUGUAAAAUAUAAGCGAUGCCGACUAUUUGGCAAGGGUGGAUUUGCACGAUGCUACGAGAUCGUCGACAUGAAAACACAAGAUGUGUACGCUGCCAAAGUGGUAUCGAAGAAAUUGGUGAUGAAGCACAAUCAAAAGGAUAAAAUGACCCAGGAAAUAAAGAUCCAUCAGUCGUUGAGUCAUCCGAAUGUGGUGCGAUUUUUGAGUUUCUUCGAAGAUGAUCGCAAUGUGUACAUCGUAUUGGAAUUGUGCAAGCAACGUUCAAUGAUGGAAUUACACAAGCGUCGUCCGACCGUCACCGUUGCCGAAUGCCGUUUCUAUAUCCAUCAAAUUCUCGAAGGUGUUCGUUAUUUACAUGACAAUCGAAUUAUUCAUCGUGAUUUAAAAUUGGGCAAUUUAUUCUUGAACGAUAAAUUGAAUGUGAAAAUUGGGGAUUUUGGUUUGGCCGCACGCAUUAAAUUCGAUGGUGAACGCAAGCAAACAUUAUGCGGCACACCGAAUUACAUUGCACCAGAGAUUUUACAAAAAUCCGGUCAUUCGUAUGAGGUGGACAUUUGGUCCAUUGGUUGUAUUAUGUAUACACUAUUGGUUGGCCAACCGCCAUUUGAAACGAAAACAUUGAAAGACACAUACUCAAAGAUUCGAAAGUGUGACUAUCGUAUGCCACAAACACUGCCCAAGUGGCCAGCCGAAAUGAUUUGCGCUAUGCUACAGUCGGAUCCAACGAAACGGCCAUCGGUACACGAUUUGCUACGGCAUGAGUUCCUGAAACAUCCGAUACCCAAGUCGUUGCCGGUAUCCUGUUUGACCUGUGAACCACGUCUUGAUCAAUUGGGCUACUCUGAAAAUGAUCUCAAAGAUGAUCGACGACCUCUCAUCGAAAUCAACAAUGAAUAUGAUGAACGCGCCACAACGUUUCUACGCAAAAAUCUGCAUGAUCAAAUCACUGCCCAGUGCUCGGUGCUCAAGAAUAACCGAGACUACAAAAAUGAUAUCGACAAUUUGUACUUGCAGCUGACUAAAUUGUUGAAUGAUAAGCCACAACGUAACAACUACAAUGAAAAUUUGAGCGAUGAAAACACGGAUCCAGCAGCUGCGCCAUUGUUUUGGGUAUCGAAGUGGGUCGAUUAUACCGAUAAAUAUGGUUUUGGUUAUCAAUUAUGCGACGAAGGAAUGGGUGUUAUGUUCAAUGAUACAACAAAGUUAAUCAUGCUGGCCAAUGGAAUUAAUGUGCAUUACAUCGACCGUGAGGGCAACGAACAGUAUAUGACACACUCAGUGUAUCCAGAUGACUUGGAAAAGAAAAUGAAAUUAUUGUCAUACUUCAAGCGUUAUAUGACGGAGCAUUUAGUGAAGGCUGGCGGCAAUUCGGUGCGAGAUGCUGGCGAUGUUGUUUCACGUAUUCCACAUUUGCACACAUGGUUCCGGACCACAUGUGCGGUCGUUAUGCACUUAACAAAUGGUUCAGUUCAAUUGAAUUUCUCCGACCACAUCAAGAUAAUAUUGUGUCCUCGUAUGAGUGCCGUCACGUACAUCGACAACAAGUUCCGCACGUACAAGUUCUCAACGAUUUCAAAAUUGGGCUGUUCGGCUGAAUUGUAUCAGAAACUGCGUUAUGCCCAUGAAAAGCUCAAGAAGUUGCUCGAGAAACUCAAAUGACCAUCACAAUGAGUACCAUUUUGUACAUUUUGAGCAUGAUUCGUACUAUGAUUUUUUUUUAUCUCAAAACUUUAAACGCAAAAUCCAAUUCGAACGCAUUCAUACACACACGCACACAAAGAACAAACAAACAAACAACAAACGCAUAUUAUGUAACAAUGUAUCUUCAUUUGUAACCGUUCAUUUCGUCCUAGUAUUUAGUAAUCGUAAGCAUAGUAAUGAAUACAAACCCACACCAACUCAUAUGUUCAUACAUUCAAAAGGGAAUGAGAAAGUUCAAGUAAAUAAUGUAAGAUUGAUGCAAAUUUAGUCGAUAAAGUCUCGCUUCGAGAGAAAAACAAAGGAUAAUUUUUUAUGCGAUUAUACAAUGCCAACCCUUUUCCUAUAAAAAAAACAACAAACAAAUCGUUCAAAACUAAAUAAAAAGAAAAUCGUUUAAAUUCCCAAUGCGUGUUUCGAUUUAAGUGUUUUGCCCGGUGCCAAACUAUUUACAAUUGAAGCAAUCACUUGCCAAUGCAUUUUUGUUCUACCUUUAUGUUUGGAUGAGGCUCUUUUGCAUGUGUUAUUUUCGUAUCAGAUUUUUGCAUCGGAUUGUAUUAACAAUUUUGUCGCAGAUUUAUCUCAGUUGAGUGCCUCUUAGAUUUAGAUCCAACGGCGAUGAUUUAAACAAAACAAUCGCCAAUUGCCGAUCAGUAUCGUUCAUCAUGUGUAGCUCUUACUUGCUUGCUCUCUCUCUCUCGCGCUAACUCAAAGUCUGUUUAGCAUUAGAUUUAUAAGUUAUGUAAGAAAUUGUAUUCCCCACACAAUAUUCAAUUACAAUAAAUCGCAUCGAUACAUUUUA